AUGAGCAAUGACCAGAGUUAUCCCUUCCCACAAAUGUUGGCUGUGGAUGGAGGUCAGUUUCAGCACCAUCAGCACCACGGAUCCGACCUGCUUCCAGGUUUGGUUCCCUGCUGGUCCUUCCCGCCUGCCCGGGAAAGGCCGAGGGGUCGGAGGGCAGGCGGCGGCUACGCGGGCGCCAUCCCCGGGCUCGCCAUGGUCAUGCUGCUCUUGUUUGUGCUGGUGUUUGCGGCGCUGGGCUUCGGGGGGUACCAGAUCCACAAAAUGCAGACGGAGAUGAGGGACAUGCGCAAGGUAAGCCGCCAGGCCAAGACCCUGCAGGAGCCGAGCAGAGCGGAGAAGCUAAUCGGCGUCGGUGCAGAAGGCGCAGGGAAACGAGAGGAGAGGAAAGAAAGUGAGGAAAAGGCCGCGGCGCACAUGCUAGGUCGGGUCGAAAAGGUCGCCUUCCGCAACACCCUGCGGUGGGACCCGCGGGUGGGCCACGCCUUCACCGCCGGGGGCGUGGCCUACCAGGUGGAGGACGGCGCCUUGCGGGUCAACCGGAGCGGACUGUACCACGUCUACUCGCGGGUGGAGCUCAUCUUCCGGCGCUGCUCGCCCACGUCCUCCUUUGUCCACACGGUGUUCGUGAUGAGGACGGGGCAUCCCUUGCGGCCCUUGACCCUGAUGGAGGCCCACCGGGCCGGGUUCUGCUCCCGGGCGGCCGAGCAGGCCUGGACGGCCGACAGCUACCUGGGCUCGGCCGUGCGGCUGGAGGAGCGCGACAGGGUCCUGGUGAACGUCUCCCACCCCCAACAUCUGAGCCACUCGCAUGACGGCAACUUUUUCGGCUUGUACCAAAUCUGAGGAGCGCACCUGUCAUGGCGGCGAUUGCGCAAUAGACUUGCAACACUAACAGAGUGGGUGUGGUUUGAAACAAAAAAAAAAAAAGGUAUUUAUUCAUCCCUUUUAUUAUAAGUGUCAUACCAUCAUGUACAGCAGUGCUUCUCAGACUUUGCACCACCUCAGAAAACACUUGGCCCUCCAAGUAGCAGCAAAAUGCAUUAAAACACAGUAGCGUAGUAGGCCGAAGUAUUCAUUAAAAACAAGGCAGAGGUUUUAUUUAACAAGCAUAUUUCACAUUUUGGGCCACUGUAGCGUUACACACCGUUUUCGAACGGUCACACUGUGUUUGAAUAUUUUAUUAAGUGACUCUUCAUAAAAGACGUACCGCCGUUUGAGAACCCCUGGUGUACAGUCAGAUGAUGCAACACCAGAUAUUAUAUUAAUAUAUAUUAUUCCUCACCAAAG